GAAUGCAGGUGAGGAAAGGCACGGACUCUGCGGCUGCGAACACAAACUUGGGCACCGCGCGGUGCGCACGGCUCAGCCUUCACCCCCGCGGGCGAACGGCUGCUGCGGUUUCAGGCGGCGGCUUCGAGACUAAUGACCUUGCGCAGAGUUGUUAAGAGAAAAGAGAAACCCGAGCUCUCUGGGUGAGACGGGACCGACACUCAGGGCGUCUCUGAAGAUGGCUCGGGCUGCUUUUCCGUGCACGGGGGGAACCCGGACGCCGACCGCUGUGUGACUCGAGUCGUGUCCACUGCACGGUGCCCGAAGCGACCUGCCGGGAUUUUUCAUUCUCGAUCUGUUGACUGGCUCUCCCGCUGCCUAAUCGGAGUCGGAGUUGAGACUGGCUUGUUGCUGGCCCUAGCACCUCUUGCAGGAAGCGACUCACGUUUGCCUGGGCAGUCGGAGCAGAAGCUGGGUCUGGAGUGAGUGCCUGGAACGUGAACUGGACUCAACUCGAGUAGCAGCAAAGAAGAGCGGGGUUGGCAGGCGGGGGAGGCUGCCGGCUCUCUCCCGGCCGCUUCCCGGCUCCACCGCCCGCCUGCCGGAGCGGUUCCAGCCCCAUUCGACUGAGCAGUGACGGGAGCCGGGGUUCCUCUGCCGGUUGCGGGUAUGACUCUGGGGGGGCGCCGAGCCCGCGGCGCGCAGUGUCCCGUGAACUGUGAGUACUGCGACUGAACGGCGGCUGGCUAGCGGGCGAUUAGCACCCAUUGCAUAAAUUAUGAAACAAUAACUUUCGGAAGAAGCAAGAGGAGGAAAAAAACAAAAAGAAGGAUCUAUCGCUGGUCCCCCCUGGCCGACUCUGGACGCUGCUCUUGCCCCCUCCCUACGUUCCCUCUUGUUUCUUCCCUUCCCGGAGAGGGGAGAGGACUGGGAGGAGGGCAGGCCACGGGCCCCAGAGGAGGGGGGCGCCAAGGGGCCGUAAUUAGAAGGAGCAGUAGCAGCAGCAGCAGGAGAAGAUGCUGAGGAUGCGGACCAUGGGAUGGGCGCGCGCCUGGUGUCUGGGCUGCUGUCUCCUCUUGCCGCUUUCGCUCAGCCUAGCGGCCGCCAAGCAACUCCUCCGGUACCGACUGGCAGAGGAGGGCCCAGCAGACGUCCGCAUCGGCAACGUCGCCUCGGACUUGGGCAUCGUGACCGGCUCCGGUGAGGUGACUUUCAGCCUCGAGUCGGGCUCAGAGUACCUGAAGAUCGACAAUCUCACCGGCGAGCUGAGUACGAGCGAGAGGCGCAUCGACCGCGAGAAACUGCCCCAGUGUCAGAUGAUCUUCGACGAGAACGAGUGCUUCUUGGACUUCGAGGUGUCGGUGAUCGGGCCCUCGCAGAGCUGGGUGGACCUGUUCGAGGGUCGGGUCAUCGUGCUCGACAUCAACGACAACACGCCCACCUUCCCGUCACCCGUGCUCACGCUCACGGUGGAGGAGAACCGGCCGGUGGGCACUCUCUACCUGCUGCCCACCGCCACCGACCGCGACUUCGGCCGCAAUGGCAUUGAGCGCUACGAGCUGCUACAGGAGCCCGGGGGCGGCGGCGGCGGCGGCGGCGAGGGCCGGCGCGCCGGGCCUGCCGACAGCGCCCCCUACCCCGGGGGCGGCGGGAACGGCGGGAGCGGCGGCGGCCCCGGGGGCUCCAAGAGGAGGCUGGACGCUCCAGAAGGCGGCGGCGGGACCAGCCCCGGCGGACGCAGCAGCGUGUUCGAACUGCAGGUGGCCGACACCCCGGAUGGCGAAAAGCAGCCGCAACUGAUCGUGAAGGGGGCGCUGGACCGCGAACAGCGCGACUCCUACGAGCUGACCCUGAGGGUGCGAGACGGUGGCGACCCGCCUCGCUCCUCUCAGGCCAUCCUGCGGGUGCUCAUCACCGACGUGAACGACAACAGCCCCCGCUUCGAGAAGAGCGUGUAUGAGGCUGACCUGGCCGAGAACAGCGCCCCGGGAACCCCCAUCCUUCAGCUGCGUGCCGCCGACCUGGACGUGGGGGUCAACGGGCAGAUUGAGUACGUGUUCGGGGCUGCUACCGAGUCCGUGCGGCGGCUGCUGCGCCUAGACGAGACGUCCGGCUGGCUCAGUGUCCUGCACCGUAUAGACCGCGAGGAAGUGAACCAGCUGCGCUUCACGGUCAUGGCCCGCGAUCGCGGGCAGCCUCCCAAGACAGACAAAGCCACGGUGGUCCUUAAUAUCAAGGACGAGAACGACAAUGUGCCGUCCAUUGAAAUCCGCAAGAUCGGGCGUAUCCCACUCAAGGAUGGGGUGGCCAACGUGGCCGAGGACGUUCUGGUGGACACCCCCAUCGCCCUGGUGCAGGUGUCUGACCGAGACCAAGGCGAGAAUGGAGUGGUCACCUGCACCGUGGUGGGCGACGUGCCUUUCCAGCUCAAGCCGGCCAGUGACACAGAGGGCGACCAGAACAAGAAAAAGUACUUCCUGCACACCUCGGCCCCUUUGGACUAUGAGACCACCAGGGAGUUCAACGUGGUCAUAGUAGCGGUGGACUCCGGCAGCCCCAGUCUCUCCAGCAACAACUCCCUGAUUGUCAAGGUGGGAGACACCAACGACAACCCGCCUGUCUUUGGCCAGUCAGUGGUGGAGGUGUACUUUCCUGAGAACAACAUCCCCGGAGAGAGGGUAGCCACGGUGCUGGCUACAGACGCGGACAGUGGGAAAAACGCUGAAAUCGCCUACUCGCUGGACUCUUCCGUGAUGGGGAUCUUUGCCAUCGAUCCCGAUUCUGGGGACAUUCUCGUCAAUACCGUGCUGGACCGCGAGCAGACUGACAGGUACGAGUUUAAAGUUAACGCCAGAGACAAAGGCAUCCCCGUGCUACAGGGCAGCACCACAGUGAUUGUUCAGGUGGCUGACAAGAAUGACAAUGACCCUAAGUUCAUGCAGGACGUCUUUACCUUUUAUGUGAAAGAAAAUUUACAGCCCAACAGCCCCGUGGGAAUGGUCACAGUGAUGGAUGCUGACAAGGGGCGCAAUGCAGAGAUGAGCCUAUACAUAGAGGAGAACAGUAACAUUUUUUCCAUUGAAAAUGACACGGGGACUAUUUACUCCACGAUGUCUUUUGACAGAGAACAUCAGACCACAUACACUUUCAGAGUCAAAGCUGUGGAUGGGGGAGAUCCUCCCAGAUCUGCAACAGCCACGGUCUCUCUCUUUGUGAUGGAUGAGAAUGACAAUGCUCCCACUGUCACCCUUCCCAGAAAUAUUUCCUACACUUUACUGCCACCUUCAAGUAACGUCAGGACAGUAGUAGCUACAGUGUUGGCAACAGACAGUGAUGAUGGCAUCAAUGCAGACCUUAACUACAGCAUUGUGGGAGGGAAUCCCUUCAAGCUGUUUGAGAUUGAUUCCACCAGUGGUGUGGUUUCCUUAGUGGGAAAACUCACCCAAAAGCAUUAUGGCUUGCACAGGUUGGUGGUGCAAGUGAAUGACAGUGGGCAGCCUUCCCAGUCUACCACGACUCUGGUGCAUGUGUUUGUCAAUGAAAGUGUUUCUAAUGCAACUGUGAUUGACUCUCAAAUAGCCAGAAGCUUGCACACCCCACUCACCCAGGAUAUAGCUGGUGACCCAAGCUAUGAAAUUAGCAAACAGAGACUCAGUAUUGUCAUUGGGGUGGUUGCUGGAAUUAUGACUGUGAUUCUAAUCAUCUUAAUUGUAGUGAUGGCAAGAUAUUGCCGGUCCAAAAAUAAAAAUGGCUAUGAAGCCGGCAAAAAAGAUCAUGAAGACUUUUUUACACCCCAACAGCAUGACAAAUCUAAAAAACCUAAAAAGGACAAGAAAAACAAAAAAUCUAAGCAGCCACUCUACAGCAGCAUUGUCACUGUAGAAGCUUCUAAACCAAAUGGACAGAGGUAUGACAGUGUCAAUGAGAAGCUGUCAGACAGCCCAAGCAUGGGCCGAUACCGAUCAGUUAAUGGUGGGCCUGGCAGUCCUGACCUGGCCAGGCAUUACAAAUCUAGUUCCCCCUUGCCUACUGUCCAGCUUCACCCCCAAUCACCAACUGCAGGAAAAAAACACCAGGCCGUACAAGAUCUACCACCAGCUAAUACGUUUGUGGGAGCAGGAGACAACAUUUCAAUUGGAUCAGAUCACUGCUCUGAGUACAGCUGUCAAACCAAUAACAAAUACAGCAAACAGAUGCGUCUACAUCCAUACAUUACUGUGUUUGGCUGAAUUCCACUCAAAUAUGAUGCUCCAUUAUGCACCAUACUCUGAUGACCUUGCUACUUCGAAACCUGCUGGAGCCUGCCCUUGGCCGUGGGGUGUCAGCCAAUCACUGCUUGUUCCAUUUGUUGUGCAUUUGAUUUUCUUUUUUUUUCUCAUUUAAGGAAAAAUAGUAUUGAAAUAAAUAAACUUAUAAAAGAAACAGUAUUAAUAAAAAAAUGUGCUAUUAGUGGGUGUCAGUUACCAGGAACUACAUUCUCAGAGAGGUAGUUAGCAGAAUUUAAUAAUGAAGUCUUUAAAAAAAAUGUAGAAAUGUAUUUCAACAAUGAUUUUAAGACUCUGGCUUUGUGUAAACCAAGGAAAAUUAAGUCUAUGAAGUCUCUGUCUAUAAUAUAUUAAAUAAUGACUAUGAAUAAAAUCCUAAAUUACUCAAUAGUUUUAAAGUGUUACAUAAUCAAAACCUUUUCCAGACCAGGGAGAUAGUUCUGUUAAAGUGAAGGAUAGUGUCUCUUGCGCAUUCUGUGUGUAUAUUUCUAAAUGCCACUGUGUGUGUUUGUGUGUGCUCCCACAGGUUAUAUGCAAAGACUUUGAGCAACAUUUAUAAAAAGUAUUUUCUCUAAGACAAAUUCGAGAGAUUUAUUUUGUGCUUACCACAGGCACUGCCAGUGGAUUGUUUUUUCCCCUAAUCUUGAAAUAUUAACCAAAAUAUCUGUAGAAUUUUCACGACUUUGUUGUUGUUGUUAAAUUUCUUAAGAAAAUUUGGAAACUUUGAGUUAGAUUCACAGAAGUCACUGUGGUCACAUUCAGAAGGAAGAUGUAGCUACCUUUUUUUUUUUUAAUUUUCGUUUAUCAGAAGACUAUUCUACUUGAUGUGAGGUAACAUAAGUUCAAGCAACUUCUGAGAAUUCAGCAUGUUAUAUAUUUUUGAGAAAGCAAGUAGCUGAAUUUUAGUUAUACAAAUUGUAAUUUUCUAAGUAAGUCAAGAAUUCUCUGUAUGUUUCCUCUAACUCUCUGUAUAUUUAUGUCUCUGUUUGUUAUGGUGUAUGUGUUUGUGUGCCUAAAAUAAGUGUUCCAUAUAUAAACUUUGAUAAUUUUGUAAUAUAUUUAUCAUACCAUCUUCCCUAUUAAAGUUUUCCCCAAGUUUUGAGUUACUGACCAAGAAUUCCAGAUUCUUGAGAAUUUUUUGGUGAAUUAUUGUCAAUAUAAAACCCUUAUAAGAAAAAAAUAUAUAUUGGGACAACAGAAAUAUGCAGAGUGAUAGGAAAUGCUCACUAACACUUGUAAAUCACUAAAGCUUGUAUUUCAAGUUGUUUAUUUUAUUAGCUGUUUAUUUAAUUUUGCAAAAAAGGAAAUUUUCAGAAAUAUCACUGAGACUAUAGUGAAAUUCUUCAAUAAAACCUAAUUAUCAUUAAUCUCUCUUUUCCUUUUGAGCACAGGACCAGUCAGUGUAAGAAACUGGUAAAAACCAAAAACUUCUUACCACUUUUGGCUUCUUGGAAAUAUGCUUUCUCAUCCUAAAGUAGUAAACUUCCUUAGACGUAUACAUAAACAAAAAUCUGUACUGAAUCACAUCAACUCAAAGACAAAGUUACAGACAAAAAAAAAAAAAGAAAAGCAAACAGAAAAAAAAUGUCCAGAAUUUUGGAAUAAACUAAUGUGUAGCCAUAUGGAGGGGAUGUUUAUGAAUACUGUCACAAAGAACAUUCUAAGGCACAAUUUUGCUAACGGGUAUAUAAAUCAGUUUGUGAAUUUCUACUACAACCUGAAAGAUGCAAAAUAAAGCAGAAAAAAUUCAAGUAGGCCAUUCAUAGAGUGAGGCUAAAUAUUUUCUUGUGCAAUCCUUAUUUCAGUUGUGUUUGCAUGCCUCCAUUACUCCCUGCUUUUGGUUGCUGUGUAAAAAAUUCGUCUUACUGUGGAAGUAGCCCAAAAGGAAUGAGAACCACCCCUUUAGAUUGUUCCAAAUGGGGAACAAUGGCUAUUUACUGUUAUGAUUAGAAAACAUAACAAAUCAAAACAAAAAAGUACUAAAAAUCCCAAGGAUUUUAGCGUGCUUAAAAGCUGAAUCAGAAUAAUCAACAGCAGCAAGCUAUGAGAUGUCUAUUAUCAUCCCUCUGGUGUUCUCUUGUUUGUUCGUUUGUUUGUUUGUUUGUUUGUUUGUUUUCCCAUCUUUGAACAUUUUGCCGUUGGUUCCUGUCCCUGCACAAACUUCCCCUCUGCCCUAACUAACCCCCUGCCCCCAAAUGUUCUCCACCUCAGAUCUCUUGACCACUCUCCUUUUCAGUUACUGGAAUUUACCUUUUAGGGGGGUGCCUAUGGACAAAUGGAAAUAGACUCAGAGCAAUCCACCACCUUAUAUCUUUUAGCAUUUGAACAUUUUAUUUUAAACGACAGUGCAAUACUUCAUUCUCCAUUAUAAAAACUAAAGAGGAAUAUGAGGAUGUUAGAGACUGAUUUAAGUAAAGUUUAUUUACUUUAACACAUCCAAUAUCAGCUGAUACUGAGUAUGCAAAGAAAAAUAAGUCUUUGUUUUCAUGGAAUUGAUGUAUUAUAAAGAAGAUCACAGAGCAGAAAAAUGAUAGACUGUGUUUGCCUUAUGCUUCUAAAGUUUCAAAUCAUUGAAUUCAUGUUUGCUCCUCAGAGCAAUCUUUGAGGAAAAGCACCAUUAUUAUUCUGAGGUAAGAAAACUGGAGUAACGAACAGCUUUUUCAGGACCCUGAUGGAACUAGCAAGAACUUUAUCAAGUCUUAGAAGAAAUAGCCAGUCAGAAUUCAAAAGUACUGAAAGCAUUUGGUGGAAGUGGUGAAAUCUGUGCUUUUGAAUAUGGUAUAUUUUUAGACUUACCUGGGUAAACUCUUCCCAAAAGAAUUAGAACAAACCCAGUUUUUCAAACUUUUUCUAGUCACAACCUACACUUUAUACUAUCAAAAAAAGUGUUGUGGGUAUAAUUUGAAGAUCUAAUCAAUUACCCUAUUUUGUAAACAACAGCCCCAUGUGAGAUUAAAAACAGACAAACUUCAACAAUUAGGUAAGCAACCAAGAUUAUCAUUUAUUUUUGAGGGUAUCUCUAGAAAAACUACCAAUAUCCUCCAAAGUAAUUAAUUCCACAGUUUGAAAUGUCUCUGGGAAUAAUUUCUAUGUGUAAUUUUGAAAAACACUUAUCUUGAUUGUGUAUAACUUUUGUAAUCCAUUUAUUUUAUAGAGAAUAGGUUGAUUUGCUUUAUCUUUUAUACACUAUGCAAGGCUUUGUAAUUAAAAUGAUGGCUAAAACAAAACUCUUUAGUGCAAAAAUAAUAUACUACUACUUAAGGCAAGGGAUAGGUGAAGCUCAGAGACACUGCCCGCAAGUUUGUCUUGUUCAUCAAGAUAUUCCCAGUGCCUGCUAGAGUGUGCAGCAUACAGGAGAUACCCCUAAAUAUUUGUGAAACAAACAACGAUCAAAGGGCCUGGGCUUUAGUGCUAAGUAGCCUGAAAAUCCAUCCACAUCAGAUCACUGAACUGUGGUAUGACCUCUUUUAUUUCAAACUCUGAGAACAUCCUAGUUGUUAUUUUCUUUCCCUGCUGGGUGAUGUCUCCAGGAUAAAGGACUACCUGCCGGGUUGGCUAGAGUCCCUGCCUUCUCUGCAGGAUGUGUGUCUCUUAUUUCUGUACCAAAUGAGCAAUUCUCUGAUUCCCCCUCCUGGCUUCUUCUUAGUGGUGUUAUAAACACCAAACCCUUCAAAAAGAUUAAACUAAAGCAAAUGUGGGAGGGAGGCACCGGUCACACGGUAGACUUCUGGUAUAUUUUGAGGGGCUGUGAAGAGGUGUGUGGACAUAUGGGUUUUCAGGAUUUUUUGGGAGAUCCUCAUCUGUGAGGAAAUAUGGAUACAUGCACGCCCAUACACAUGCAUGGGUCUCUGUAUUCGUCAAUUUAUAUAUCCCUGCAAGUAUUCAUUCAUUGUGCCAACCUAUGCUCACUGAUAAUGUAUAAUUUUUUUCCAUUUUCAUUCUGACUCUCCCUGGGGAGCAGUUGUUUUUAAAGAGAGUCUAGCAUAACUGUAAAGAGAAACGUUUACUUGAUGUACUCAGGAAAUAAGUCUCGGAGAAGGGAUAUGUCCUUCCUGUGGACUGAUGGGCAGUGAAGCUGAGAAAUGCCUUACAACUCAAAAGAACUCCUUAGAAGUCCCCCGAGAUUCUAAGAAGUGCCUCUUUUAAAUUGCAAAUAACCUCUGAAGGAGUUGAUUCUGUCUUGGCACACCUGGGUGUAAAUUGCUCUAAGCAGAUAAUGAGGUCAGCACCUCCCAAAGAUCAAUAGUUCUUAAGAAAUGGGGAUUUUGAUGAAGACCCUGAGGAAGGGUGAACAGCCUUCCCUAGUUUAGAAGACUGAGAACUCUUUUAAGGCACCGUGUGUCUCGGACUCCAGCUGGGAGUCAGGAGGUAAGGUAAGAUGAUAGCAGCAAAGGGUAUUCAGUCCUGAUAAAAGCGAAUAUUUGUGUCCUUGAUUUUGUGACCAGAGGGAUGACACUAGAUGUCUAGGCUUUAUAUGACUGUAAGACUGGUGUUAAAAAGUAGUCAAUGUUUACUUUCUCCCAUUUCUACUAGUUGUUUUGUUUGGUUUUGGUUUUCAGCCUGCAGUAUCAGUGCUCUCUAUCUUCAUUCAUUUUCUACCCUUGUACGUUCGUGAGAAAAAGAGGAACAAAGAAAGAGAAAAGAAGGGGGAAAAAUGCAACCACUGCAUGGCCAUACACUCAUCUUCUCCCUAUUAUUAUUAUUAGACUACUGUAAUCAAAAUAGUUGCCAUAUUAUUGCCGUGUAGCUGUUUCUUAUCCUAGUUUAAUUAAAUUCUCAGAAAUUGAGUGCUAUUAGGUCUUUACUGCAGAGAAGGCAACGACACCCCACUCCAGCACUCUUGCCUGGAAAAUCCCAUGGAUGGAGGAGCCAUAGGCUGCAGUCCAUGGGAUCACAGAGAGUCAGA